AGCUGUAUAGUCAAUACUAGGGCUGGGAUUUUGAUGCAAAGGCAUCUUUUUUUCUGGUGUUUUGAAACAUUGGUCCGUAAGUAUAAAAUGUGUUUUGGGUGAUACUGAUUAUUUUAAAGAAUUUUUUAUUUUGCAUUUUUUGCAUUUUUUGACAAAAUUAACUCUUAAAUGCAUUUUUAGGACAUUUUUUAUGUUUUUAGUGCAUUUUCUUGGUUUUUAGAGCAUUUUUCAUAAUUUCUUCAUAAAAUGAACGAAAAUUGUUGCGAUUCACAAAAAACUUUCGGCAAACUGCUGACGGUACGCUAGGGUUUUCCCCGAAAAUUAUCACCGUUAUAUUAUACCUAUUAUGAAUUAUUAUUUUUAUUACACCAUACAUACAUACAUAGGUACAAGUUAUCGUCGAUAACAAUUUUAUCAUAGCUAGGCUUAGAUAACUAUUACUGAAUUAGUAACCAAUUAGUACGUCCGCCGUCGUAGUCUCGAUAGCAUUCGUUGUGUUUCGUCGUGUCGUGUUUUUUCGUGUGAUUCAUAAGUUCAAUAUGCCGAAAGUAAAAACGUCGAAAUCAAAUCGAUUAACGAAAUAUGUAAAUGAAUUCGGUAAAGAAUUUUUUUCUACAGACGGUGAAAUAUUAUUUUGCAAAAUAUGUGAAAUAAAAGUGGCUUCUGAAAAAAAAUUUACCGUUGUACAACACAUUUCCCGAGAUAAACACGUUCAAGGAUUACGUCGCCGAGAACUUAAAUCGGACCAACAGGUAUCCACAAUGCAAUUUAUAAAUGAAAAUCAGCUAUCUCCGUUUUCUUAUGAUUUGACUAAUGCCUUUCUUUCGGCCAAUAUACCACUUAAUAAACUUGAAAAUCCAAUAUUAAAAGGUUUUUUAGAGAAGUAUACCAAUAAAUCAAUUCCUGAUAGAUCGUCAAUUAGAAAAAAUUAUGUAAGUAAAUGUUACAAUAAUACCAUGAAUAAAAUAAUUCAAUAUGCAGCAGAUAAAAAAAUUUGGGUUUCUUUGGACGAAACAACCGACGCAGAAGGACGUUUUGUUGCAAACUUCAUCGUAGGUACGUUAGAAGUCGGUUGUCCUGGAAAAACAUUUCUUUUAAACUGUGAGGUAUUGGAAAAAGCGAACCAUUCUACUGUUGCUAAAAUGUUCAAUAAUUCUCUAUCUUUAUUGUGGCCUGGAGGUAUUCAAUAUGACAACGUAUUACUAUUUGUAAGUGAUGCAGCACCUUACAUGGUGAAAGCUGGAAAGUCAAUCCAGUCAUUUUAUUCAAAAAUGAUACAUGUGACUUGUAUUGCACAUGCCCUGCAUCGAGUCGCUGAAGAAAUAAGAGGGAAUUUUUCGAAAGUAGAUAAAUUAGUUUCAAAUGGGAAAAAAAUAUUUUUGAAAGCACCUUCCCGCGUAGAGAAAUUUAGAGAAAUAGCAAAAGGUAUACCUUUACCGCCGCAACCAGUUAUAACUCGUUGGGGAACGUGGUUAAACGCUUCAAUUUAUUACUGCGAACAUUUUGAAUCUAUCAAAGAAGUUGUCAAUGCACUUGACAGUGAAGACGCUAUUUCUAUUAAAAAAGUGCAAACAGUAAUUAAAAGUUCUAGCUUACACAGGAAUUUAAUUUAUAUAAAAGCGCAUUUCGGUACAUUGCCUGAAUCGAUUACUAAAUUAGAAACUCGUGGACAGACUUUAUCAGAAUCUUUAAGAGUAUUAGAAGAUAUAAGAGUUUUAAUAAAUGAAGCACCAAAUGAAAUUGGUACUGCAAUAAAUAAAAAAAUGGAAAAUGUUUUGAAUAAAAAUAAAGGGUUGAAAAUACUACAAAAUAUUUCAAAAAUUAUAAAUGGUGAAAAACCAGAUGAAAACAACAUACCGGAAGAUAUAACGACGGACGAUAUUUCACACUUUAAAUAUGCUCCAGUAUCAUCAGUCGAAGUCGAAAGAAGUUUUUCUACUUACAAAAGUAUAUUGUCCGACCAACGACGAUCAUUUUUAUUUGAAAAUAUAAGACAGCAUAUCAUUAUUCAGUGCAAUAGCGAUUUUGUUCAGAAUGAAUGAUUAAGAAAACAGAAGCAUAAAAAAACUAAAGAAGCAACAACGUACAAUAAACAAAAAAAAAUACAUUACUGUAGUAUAAUUUAAAUUUUUUUCUAAUUUUUAACCUAUAAUAAAUAUAAUUUAAAUGCAUUUUUUUAGUGCAUUUUUUGAGUUUUUUAA